AUGGAGUCACCAGUCAUGUACGAUUCAGCGGCCCAUCAGGCCCAGGCCCACGGCGCGGCCGAUCUCAAAAAGUCUCAAAUACUCAACAACAAUAACAACAACAACAACAACAACCACCAAAGCAACAACAAUAACAACAACACGGCGAAUAACAACAACUCAGCUCUGCAGGUCAAUCACAAUCACAGUCAACAGCAGAGCAAUUCGGUGGUGAGCAAGGUCUCGGCGAGCAAGGCUAGCCUUCAUCAACAAUACGCGGAACAUUGCGCCGCGGCCGGUGAGCUGACAGACCUGAAUACGCCAGAGAUAUCGUUGGAUCUACAACACCUGAUCGACGACAGCCAUUUCAACGACGGCUUGUUAGAUAUGCUAGGUGCCAAUAACGGAGCCGUGAAACAUGCCAGAACACCGGGUUAUCCACGUACUACGCUCGCCUACAUGCCGCAACCUGUCCAUAGCGGGGCAAGUUAUCAUCAGGGCAGCAAUAGCUGUAGCGACAGCAACAGCUCGAGCUCCGAAUCGCCCAGCAUCAAAGAGGAGCCACUCGACCCGGCGGACUAUCGUCGCCACUGUCCGCAGUAUCCACCAGGUGGAUACAGUCCAGUUACAAACGGACCGUUCGCCAAUGGUGCACCAACCUUCACAACUUUAACACCGUCCACGGUGCCCGGAGGCCACCCUGGCGCACCAGUGCACCAACCAGCACCUCGAGGCGGACCGAUGAAGCCAGUGAUGGCGCAUCAACAUCAUGCCAAUACCGCCGCGGCUGUUGCCAGGAAACAGACCAAGACCAUUGACAAAGCUAGCGACGAGUACAGAAGACGACGUGAAAGAAAUAAUAUUGCGGUGAGGAAAAGUCGCGAGAAGGCGAAGGUACGAUCGAGGGAAACCGAGGAGAAGGUGAAGCUACUGGUGAAAGACAACGACUUGCUCAAAAAGAGAAUCGAACUGCUGACGGAGGAACUGAAUGUCCUUAGGUCUCUGUUCAGCAGUGUCGGCGUGGUACCGGAACAGCUGCAUCGUGAGAUCUCGAGGCACCUCGAUCAAUUCCAACAACACGCGGUGGGACCUAUGUAG